GAAGCCCAUCCGGGUCCAUUCGCGUCGUGCUGCUCCCGUCCUGAGUGCGCCAGGCUCCCAGCUCCGCCGUUCCUCUCCGCCGCCGCCGCCGCCGCCGCGCAGCCGCAGCAGUAGGCAUGUCGAGGCUCGCGGUUGCCGCCCUACGGCGGGCCUCCGUCGCAUCUGGGGUUCCCUCGUCCUCCUCUCGUUCGGCCGCGUUUGCUCCGUCCGUGCCUCGUCUCUUCUCCACCGACGCGUCCGGAGAAGUUGCCGAUGGCGCCGCAGCCCAGGGGUCACAGGAUGAAUCUUUCUUCAAGCCUUCUGAAGAAGGUUUGGCAUAUGGAAGGUUCUACAGUUCUAUUCCUGGAGGCAGCCGUCUCGGUAAGAGCAUGCUGAAAACUGAUAUUAUCCACCACCUUGACAAAUGUGAACUGUCACUGGACGAUGUGAAGAUUGAUUAUAACAGGGGAUAUUAUCCAGUGGGCGCGUUAUUGCGGUUUUCUUCAGUGCCAUUAUUUAACACAGCAGUCAGGCAAACAAGAGACGGUCGUAUGUACAGGCUUGAGAUGGUCAGUCGUGAGGAGUUUGAUCUCAAGCAGUCUUAUGAUGGAAAAGCUAUACUAUUGCAAGGAGUCCCUCGAAAUGCUCUGCCAGAGGACAUAGAACGAUUUCUGUCUGGCACCAACUUCGAACCUCCACCAUUUCAAAGCUUUCUCAGGCCUGGCGUCCCAGAUCCUAUCAGAGUGGUGCUGGUUAAAUUCCGCUCAAGGACUGAUGCCGCCAAUGCUUUCAUCACUAAGAACCGGGGUUUCUGUCUGACUAACCCUGUGAGCAUGCGUGUUCUUCAGUAACCUAUUCACUCUUAUCGUGUCUAUGGAAAUUAGCUCCAAAACGAAGCCUCUUUCUCGGCUUUGUUUCUGAAUCCAUAUCUGCAAAUUUGGUAGAAAGUUUGUUUGACUGUGUAAGUUUGCACUCUACUGUCAGCUGCUUUUAUGUUGUUUUGUUUAUGGUGGUUUAGUACACUUCAUUUCUCAAAUUUCGUGUGUAAACUGGAAGUUGCUCUGAUGCCUCCGUUUGCAACAGAAAGAUCUGAACAAAUAUCCGUAAUAAACUUUACAAAAUUACACAUUUCUUUGUCAUUGUUGGGAUAUGCUUAUGGCA